AGUAAAGGAUCUACUCCCAUGUUAAUACUUAUACGGAAUACGAGUCGCUUUAUUAAUGCAACUUAUCAAGUUAAUGAUCGCCAUUGCGGCUGAAUGUUGCUCGAGUAUAUUAACCAAGCCACUCGAUUGAUUUUCAGUCAUUGGCGCUGAGCCUCUUCGGAGUUCAAGUUGCGAUUCACUUCCUACAAGCUGAAAACUUUCCGUUUAUUAACUACGUCGUUCCUUUAUCCUGACCCUCAACAAUGAGCACCAAUACUAGUGGUGCUGGCUUCGCAAUCCGCCGUAAUGGCACCUGUAAUGCGUCUCUUGGAGAAGUUUAUUGUGGUGAAACCGCAAAACCCUAUCACGCAUGCUGUCCUCGGUCCGCGUACUGUCCAGCCGAUCCCCCCUACAAUGCGUACUGCUGCGAUCAGCCUGAUUUCAAUUGUACUAUGGCGAUCUUGGAUGAAGGUCCAUUCUGUGCCAAUACAUCAUGGAAUAUGUACGACAACGGCGGGUAUUUUUGUUGCGACGUGGGCAUGCCAGGAUAUCAGAAUACUGAGUUGAAUUCAAAUGGAUGCGCGAGGCCUGGGUUUCAGCUUGCAAGUUCGGAGACGUAUUUAACUCCACUAGGGCAGGAAUCGAAACCCACCGCCUCGUCUAAUACCAGUCCCUCACUGCCUCUUACUACCACUGCCUCUUCCCAAUCUCCUGCAUCGUCUUCCUCCCCGACAUCAGGUUCCAACUCCCCCAACGUGGGUGCCAUUGCUGGUGGCACAGUCGGCGGGCUCGCGGUCCUCGCUCUCAUAAUAAUUAUCCUCUGGUGUGCCUUCCUUCGUCGACGAAACCAUCGACAAACCGAUCUACACCCAGCAGACUUGCAUCUUUUUCAGAGCCCAGAGAAAGUCCAAGGUCGAGGGGUCGCGGUAGAAAUGGAGACAACUAUUGUGCCAUCGGAACUUCCUGGAGAUAGGCCUACAACUAUUUCCGGGCUGCCACCUGUGACACAGUAGGGGAAAGAUGAGGUUCAAUUUCCUAAAAUCCGGCAAACUAAAGAUAUAGGAGAAGGAAAAGAAGGAAGGGAAACAAACCGCAACGGAAUUAUCUUACAUGUUCCCCAUCGCUGAUCGUACCUUGCUCUUCAUUCACCGUGGUGUUUAUCUCCAAUGGUGAAUUGAGAUACACUGUUAUGGUCCCAGACCUGUGACUGAUGUAUGUGUGGCUGAAGCCAGGUGUGGCGAGAGGAUUAUCAG